AUAUUUCACGUACACUCGCGUCCUGUUGUUUACAAGCGUAACAAGUGGGCGCUUGUAUUGUUCCACGACUAUAUAAGGUGUACCUGGGCCUCUACGACCAGCAGAAUAGCAUCAGAUCGUGGAUCAUAGCAAACAUGAGGCUCCUACUUCCAUUCUCUUGCUUCCUUCUCUCAGUAACAGCCAUUCCAACCUAUGGGACCUAUCCCGUGGGUGGAAUUUAUCAUGGACCUCCAGCACCCUUGGCCCAAGACGGAAGGGUGAUCGACACGCCAGAAGUGGCGCACGCGAAAGCAGCCCACUUAGCAGCUCAUGCCAUCGAAGCAGCAAAGGCUUCCUCCUUGGGCUACUCGGAUUACCCUGAUGGAAAAUACGAGGAAUACGUUAGUCCCGCACAAAACGUUUAUCAUGGACCUCCGGCACCCUUGGCUCACGAUGGACGCGUGAUCGACACCCCGGAAGUCGCGCACGCCAAGGCUGCACACUUGGCUGCUCACGCUGAUCAACUUUCGAAGAUCGUGAAACAGUCCUAUGGUGACGCGUAUCCUCAGGUCCAUUGGUCGCUGGAUCGACGUGCACUGAGCUUCGACAGAAUGAUCCGGUACCUUGUUCUUCUUUUCGUCACUUUACACGUGGUUUGCUGUGCACCACAGUGGUAUGGCGGUGGUCAUCCUGGAGCCUAUGGUGGCCAUGCAGCUCCAGCGCCAUUGGGACCCGAUGGAAGAGUCGUAGACACACCGGAAGUGGCACAGCUGAAGGCAGCUCAUUUGGCUGCUUUAGCUGAUGCCAAUGCUAGAGCACCCAAGGGUCUGGGUCCUGCUGGUCCCUAUCCCGGCCCUGCUGGUUCCUACGCACCUGGAAACUAUGCUGCACACUACAGUGGACCACCAGCUCCAUUGGGACCAGAUGGCCGCGUGGUGGACACGCCGGAAGUGCAGCAAGCAAAGGCUGUGCAUUUUUCCCUAUACAGUGCUGAAGCUCAACGCGCCCCCACUGGCCCAGCUGGCCCAGCUGCACCUGUUCCCCACAACCCUUCAUGGAAUUCAGGCGCUUACAAUCCGUCCUGGAACGAGAACAGUUGGAAUCAGUAUUAGAUAUUACAAACGAUCGUCCAUUCUUCCUUCUUUCAUGUUCUACCUCGAUCCACUCGAUCUACCUCGAUCAUUAUGACAGAGAAAAUAUUAUCGAAAAUCUACACUAUUUUCAUUUUUUCUUUUUCUUUGUCUCUUUUGUGGCUUACUGUUUAUUAUGAUUGCAGCUGGUGAUUUGCAAUCGUGUUUCAUCUACCUCCUUUUUCAUUCUUUAUUUUCUGAGCUCGUAUUGCAUGAUCACAUUCAAAAUCAAAAUUUUGAUUUGUAAUAUUUUUAAAAGGGUCCACUGAACUUUUAAUAAAUUUGCAACAAUAUUCUAUCCAAUUCAAAAAAUGGUGAAAUAUGAAAAAAUCUCUUUCCUACAUUUUCUAUUCUAUUCUUCUAUAAUAUAAAUGUUAUUAUUUACAUUAUUUACAACGAAGAAUAGGUUCUAUUGGUUUCUGUGUGAAAAUUGUGAAGCAAAGAAUGUUGAUAGUGUGACGUUUUCACAAUGAGUUCUAACGAAAGUGAAAACUGAAACGCGUGUUAUUUGUCGUCGAAUAAAAAUGAAAGUAUUAUUUGUCGUAGAAUGGAAAUGAUAUAACGGUGAAGUGUACCGUUACAGAUAUUAUCGAGCCUUCUGCAAAAAUCAUGUCACAUUCCUCUUCAAGGUGAUCUCUUCAUCGCUUUCGCGUUAGUUAGCCAGAGAAAGUAAGUAUAUAGGUACAAAAAUUAUAAUUUAAUUGUUUGUCACAUUUUAAUUCAAAUACUUUUGUGUGCUUCUGUAUAAAAAAUAACCAUUUGAUACACA